AUGAGGCAGGCUCUCUCGGACUUGACCGUGCAUAUAGCGCGUCCAGUCAAGUCCGGAGAGAUUAAGGUGACGGGCCUCGAUGAGGCCGUUACCCCGGAGCAGAUUGCCCCAGCGAUUGCGGGCACCGGAGGCUGCGCAAUGAGCGACGUACGAGCAGGAGAGCUCCGUCGCUCACGCAGCGGUAUGUUCUCCGCAUGGGUCCGCUGCCCCCUCACGGCGGUGCGCAAGCUGCACGCAGCGAAACACAUCGUCGUGUCAAACUGGAUCUCCGCAAAAGUGGAGGUCCUGGAGGUCCGCCCCAUGCGGUGUUACCGCUGCCUGGAGCCGGGGCACGUCGGACGACAGUGCCCGUCAGAAAAUAACAGAAGCGACUGCUGCUUCACAUGUGGCCAGAAAGGCCACAAGGCGGAGGACCAAGUGCCCGGUCUGUGCGGACCUUGGCAGGCCUGCCAAUCAUAG